AUGAGUACGUUGUGUUUGGUUGAUUUGGCUGGUUCGGAGCGUAUUUCUCGGAGUCAAGUGGAAGGCGAACGCUUACGGGAGACGCAGCACAUUAACAAGUCCCUGGCAGCGCUUGGAGACGUAGUUUACGCGCUGCAGCACAAGGCGAAGCACACACCGUACCGGAAUUCUAAGCUCACAUACAUGCUACGAGACAUGCUGUCUGGACAAGCGAAAACACUGUUGAUGCUGCAGUUGAGUCCCAAUACAGCAGACGUGGAGGAGACGACGUGCUCUUUGCAGUUUGGUGCUCGUGUAAGCCAAGUGCAGAUGGGUGCUGUGAAGCCUAGUGUGGAGAGUGGCGCGCUUUUCAAGUUGCAAGAAGUGAACCGUGCACUCGAAGCGAAGACGCAGGCGAUGGAAGCACAAUUGAACGAUUUGCAGCGACAAUGCCAACAGCAAGGAGAUGAGUUACAUGAAGCCCACAGCAGUAAGGAGGCAUUAGAGCGACAGUUGUGGCUCCUCGGUGGUCGACAGCGUGAUGGUAAGUCUUCCGAUGAGCUGGAACAGGACGACUUUACUCCAGAGGCUCGAUCUCCGUCACCGUCUCGGCCCCCAAGCCCGACUCCUUCCGCCAAAUCUAGUCGCAGUGUUUCAUCCACGACCUCAGCACGUUCGGCUCGCUCUAUUCGCUCGCGAUCUGCGCAGUCCACGACUUCGACGUCCCAACGACCUACUACUCGAAGAUCACAGACGUCGUCAUCGUCCAGACUAUCAGGGACUCCUCGAACUGCCCCUGCCUCUGGAUCUUUGACUCCUUCACCGGUGUCUCGACUUCGACGUCCGGAAUCGAUAGUUGAGCGCGAGGACCGACGCAAGUCGCUAUCUGCAGCGUCUCGGGAUAGGAUCGUGGACCCGGAUCUACGUCGCAAGUCGCUGUCUGCAACGAGCCCUAUCAGAAUUGCUGACCGCGAUAAUCGUCGUAAUUCGUUGUCAACGCUUCAGACACGCUCGAUGUCCGGGUUGGCAACACCUCGGUCUUUAAGAACGAAGGAAGCCGCGUCGCCUGAGAGUCGAGUGCCACUGCACCCUCCUUCAAGGACAAGACCAGCAGGGUCACCCGCCCCUGCUAGACAGAGUGCAUCGGCUAGUCGGCUAUCAAGACCGCGGUCUGCUAAGACGUUGGGGUCAUCUACGCCUCCGGCGUCUUCUCCAUCUUCGAAUUCAUCGUCAGAAAGCAAACCUGCCUCACGCACUCUGCAUCGAGCAUCCUCAACUCCGUCGAGAUCUCCGUCAAGAACGUCGACGAGAACGUCAAGCAGAGCCUCAGCGAUGCCGAAGUCUGACAACGAGCGCCGCUCCUCUUUGAACAAUACCCGCAGUUCACCAUCGUCCACUCCAGGCACUUCACGGCGAGCGCUUGCCAGCUCGCAGUCGGGCUUUGGAUGGAAAUAAGGGACGAGCGUAGAUACUUUUUACUUCUCCUGAUCGCAAGGAACAACGCAUCCUCGUACUGUUGAUAACCAUAAUUUACAAUUGCCAG